UACUAAUAAAACUACUCUCGAAUACGAUCGGAAAGAAACUCUCCAAACCCACUGUGCAUUAGCUGCCACUGGCGAUAGAAAAAGAAGAGACAGAGAAAUGGCCAUGGUGGUCAGAGCGGCGGGAGUGAGCAGACCCCCGUGUCUUCCCAAAUCUGCUCUCAAACCGAAGCCUCGCAACACUCCAUUUAUGCUCUCUCCUUCGCCUGCUGCGCUCUCUCUUCUGGUCCUCUUCGCCCAGCCCCAUACCUCCUUUGAAGCCAAGGCCUUCUCCUUGCCUAAAGAAGACAUCGUUUCUUCUCUCACCAAGGUGGAAGAGACAAUUGAUCAAGCAGCAGAAGUGGGCUCAAAAGCCUUGGAAUUUUCCAGAGAAAUAUUUAAGGGAGUGAUUGAUGCUGUUAAGCCAGCAGUGGAUGCAGCAUUGCCGGUGCUUAAGAGUGCUGGAGAGGAAGCAGUGAAGAUUACAGCUCCUAUUGUUUCUGAUGCUUCCAAGCAAGCAAUAGAGGCUCUUGAAGGUGUUGGUGUUGAUCCCAGUCCUGUACUCUCCGCUGUGAAGAGUGUUGCUGGUGCUGCACAACAAACAACAAAAGUAAUUGAAGGAGCAAAACCAGUUGCUUCUUCAACAUUUGAAGCAAUUACAUCUACAGAUCCUUCAGUUAUUGUUAUCUCAGCUGGAACACUAUUUUUGGCAUUCCUUCUUUUUCCAUUUAUAUGGCCAAUUGUUUCUUUCAACUUGCGUGGUUACAAAGGUAAUCUCAGCCCUGCACAGACUCUAGAUGUGCUAUCAUCACAAAAUUAUAUAAUGAUUGACAUAAGAUCAGAGAAAGACAAAAACAAUGCAGGAAUUCCUCGUCUCCCUUCCAGUGCUAAGAACAAGUUGAUCUCGAUUCCGUUAGAGGAACUCCCAAGCAAGCUUAGAGGCCUCGUUCGGAAUGUAAAGAAGGUUGAAGCAGAGCUUGUAGCUCUAAAGAUAUCUUAUCUAAAGAGAAUCAACAAAGGCUCAAACAUUGUGAUAAUGGACUCGUAUUCUGAUGCUGCAGUGAUUGUGGCAAAAACACUCACUAGCCUUGGCUUCAAGAACUGUUGGGUCAUGGCAGAUGGCUUCUUAGGAGGUAGAGGGUGGUUGCAGAGCCGGCUGAGCGCUGACUCGUAUAAUGUAUCUCUCACAGAAGUUCUUUCUCCUUCACGAAUCAUACCAGCUCGUUUGGGAAUGACAAGCACAACCUCAAGAAAGCUUCUUCCAGGAACUGCUGACAACUGAGGAACUAUCCAUUUGCUUCACAUGCGUGUGUAUGUAGAUUACUCAACUUUAGUUUAGUUCCAUUUGUUACUGUGUCCUGUGUGCAUAUGUUCAUGUUUAUCAUUGCAUUUUAGCAAUUAUCUGAGUAUUUCAAAUAACAAUUGCAGUGAAGGAUAUCAUCUAAUAAACCAUAUUUGACUCCAUAAAUGAAUGCGAAGUUAUGGAUAAAGCUCUCUUCAU